AUGAGGAAUUUCGAAGUUGGCAAAGAACUUAGAAGAGUUAAGAGGGAUGAUAAGGAUCCUAGAUGUGAAUCCUUUAAUUUUGAUAGUAAGGAAAUGUUUAUAACACAUCCCCAUCCUAAGAAUAGUGGGAAUAACUAUUAUUAUAAUAAUUCUGAUUGCGUCACUAAGAUUAAUGCCACAACGACAGACAUGGUGAUACAGCUGACGUUUGUGGAUGUCUUCCGUAUAGAAUAUCAUCCAGAAUGUGCAUACGAUUAUCUGGAGAUCCGCGACGGUUACUAUGGUUACGCUGACCUCAUGGGCCGGUUUUGCGGCCAAGCCUUUCCAAGAACAUUGAAAACGAAAGGACCAAAUGUUUGGCUGAAGUUCCAUUCAGACGACACAAUAGAAUAUGAGGGUUUUAAGAUAAACAUCGAGUUCAAGCCUGGCCCAAGCCACCAUAUACCAGAGGAGUGCUACACGACAUUUGAUGAGGACAAAUUCGGAGUGAUAGAUACGAAGAAGAUUGACCCAUUAUGCUUGAGUAACUCCAACCAAGCUCUAGAUGUACUAUGGAAGAUUGUCGUCCCGAAGAAUAUGAAGAUUUAUCUCAACUUCACACAAUACGGCUUAGCAAAACCGAACGAGUGCAACGAGAAUAUUAUUCAAGUAUUUGAGACGGUUCAUGAAGAACUAGACUCGAAGUUAGCAGAAUAUUGUGGUUCCGUCGCUAACUCAGUAACGACGAAGGAUCGAAAUGGCAAUGUCAUGUACGUGAGGCUUUACGUCGCCAAGGAUGCAAGGAAGGAAACCUCAUUCAAGGCCACUUUCAACGCGUUUAGGACCCUGGAUGCUAAUAGUGAUGAUAAAUGUGGUGAUGACGAAUUCGAUUGUGAGGACAAUACUUGCAUUGAUCUCCGUCUAAGAUGCGAUCAUGAUGCUCACUGCCGCUUGAAAGCUGAUGAGGACAAGAGCAGAUGUGAUCUAAAACAAGAGUCGACAAUCAACCAGCCCCAUAUAAUGGUGAUCCUGAUCAUCUUCUCCCUGAUCCUGUCAGGAAUGAGUUUCGUCUUCAUCUUUAAGUGUAUGAGGAAAUUGUACCAGGAUCAUAAAAUUAUCAAGGAGCAUAUCAGACAGUCAUGUGAAGAUCGCCUGGACAGCUUGGUGGGUAGUCGUCUAACGUUAGACCCCAAGAGGCUACAGAGGGACAGUGAGCCUCGAGUAAGUUUAGAAAGAGAGAAUCAUAACAACGAAAUGGUAAAGAAACAAAGGAGUUUCUCUUCUAAACAUAAGCAAUCAAGCAUAGAAUCCGAUUACCAAGAAACCCAUUUAGACUUAGACGAAGAAAUAUGGAGAAGAGAAGUGGACAGCAUGCCAAUAGAAGAAGAUGUCUCCAUAGAAAGGAAUGGAAGAGCCAGGAAAAGUGACUUCAGCAGAAAAGAAGAAUCAAUGAGAAGUAGAACGAAAGAGAGUGAGGAUAGCAGGGAGAAGAAAGAGAUGAAAGAACAUAAGAGGGAGAUUAGAGAUGUGUCAGUUGGAGCGCCAGAUACUAAAGAGUCUGGUUGCCAGACCAGAGAGAGUUUGUUCCAAACUGAUCCUCCACCUAGUUCCGAUGGUUCCGGCACCAACAGCCGUGGGUUCUCAACGUUUGGGUAUUCCGGGGCCACCAUCGUUAGGCCUUCGCCCCCAGCCACCACGAACACGUCAGAGAUCACCAUAGAACUCCUGAAACAAAUACCUUCGCAAGAAUCCAAACCAUUGAAGAAAAUUCCUGACCGCCGUCCGAUAAGCACGGAGACGACGCGAUCAGCUCCCGACGUCAUCAUAGUGUCAAAACCGAUUCGCUGA